AUGGACAGAUAUGAUAGACAAUUGAGAUUAUGGGGUAAAGAAGGUCAAUCUCUAUUAGACAAUGCAAAUAUUUGCGUAGUUGGUGAUGAAUCACCGUUGUUGCAAGAAGUUUGGAAAAACUUAGUCCUUUCAGGUGUGUCAAAGUUUACAUGGAUGAUUGAAAACACAAUGGAGUCUUCAUUACAAGAAAAGGAUUUAUUUUCUUGUGAUUUUAUUACUGAGAUAUCUGCUCUUCAUCCCUCUGGAAUCCGAGUUAAACGAAAAGCCUUGGCAUCACUUAAGGGAGCCGAUAAUUCUUUUUGGUUUCAAUUCUCCCUUAUAAUAAUAAUUAAUUGUUCGGAUUCAAAACUUUUAGAAUUAUUCAAUAAUUCUGAUUCCCAAUAUUUUCCACCUAUUAUCACCACUUUCGCUACUGGACUUUAUGGCUACCUUCACACUUACCUUAGUGAACCUCAUUUCAUUAUCGAAUCGCACCCUGAUAACCCGAUACCAGAAUUAAGGUUAGAUCAACCGUGGAAAGAACUAAGUAUAUAUUUGACUAAGUUCCAAGUUGACAAGAUGAAUGAAUUUGAAAUAUCAGAAUUACCUUAUCCAGUGUUACUAUUUCACUGUGUCCAGAUGGCGGCAAGGAACAAUUACAAAUUGACCUCCCCCCUUCUGCGGAAUGAACUGCGGCGUUGGGCUUCUGAUACAAAUCCCACAGGCUUGAAUGAUCCGAAUUAUAUAGAAGCCUAUAGAUUCGCACAUCUAGCUUUCACAAACGAAAAAAUAUUGAUACGACUUAAUGAGAUGAUUCAAUAUGGUUUCUCAAUGGAUCAUUUGGAUGAUCCCUACAACCGAAAAGUGAUAGCAUUGUUGAAAGCUUUAGGCGAGUAUAUCAAUCGUGAAGAUUUUCCUAUAUAUCCUAUUAUGGGAACCAUCCCUGAUAUGAGCUCUUCAACCAAGAAUUACAUUGAACUAAAACAAAUUUACCAAAAUGAGGGGCAAAAAAACACUAAAAGUUUACAAAAAUUAUUGGAUAAAGAAGGUGAAGAAGUUCCAUUUGAAAUGAUCAAACUCUUUUGUGCAAAUCUUAAAUACCUGAAUGUAAUAAAACCGACCGCUAGCAAACUUACAUUGCUAUUUUCUUCAGAUGAUGACCUUUUAAGAGACCUAUUAGCUAUACAAUAUAAUUUAAAUGAUAUUGCUAAUAGCGGAGCAAUUAAUAUGAAAGCAGCAUCGAUGAACUCUUACCCCACGGCGUCUUUCAUGGGUGGUGUAGUCGGUCAAGAGGCAAUAAAGCUUAUUACACAUCAAUAUAUACCGCUAGACAAUAUCUUCACAUAUGAUGGCCUAAAGAAUGAAACAAAAAUAUUUCGAAUAUAA